AUGAACCUCUCUCAACUCUCCGCCCAACUAACCCCCCACCCCCAACCCUUCCCCAACUGCUGUCUAGCCCUUUCCAGCACCCUGACCACCUACCUCGCCACAAACCUCCUGCCCGCCCACCCGCACUUCACCGUCUCCAUCGGCAGCGGGUCCGGGUUACUCGAGGCCCUGAUCUCAUACCGCCACCCGGACAUCACCGUCGAAGGCGUCGAGGUCCGCGCCGAUGUGAACCGGUAUAUUGACGAGCUGGAUAUGAAUCUCGUGCCGGGGACGUGGGGGCUUUGUGAGAGGGCGGCGGCGGCCAGGGCGUGGAUGUUUGUGUAUCCGCGGGAGCCCGGGUUGGUGAGGCGGUAUUUGGAGAGUGGAAAUGGGCUGGUGCAGAUGGUGGUUUGGUUGGGGCCUCAGGCAGAUUGGAUGGAUUAUGCCCCGUGUUUUGAUGAACACGGGGGUUGGGAGUUGGAGGUGAAGACGGGGGAGGAGGUUGGGGUGGCGGCGUAUGAGAUGUUGGUUGUGAUGAGGAGGCGGGAGGUAGUGUUUGAGUGA